UCAUGAAUUCAGAUAUUAUUGGUUUGAUGUUCGAAACAGAAUUUGUAUCGGUUUUGGGUGUCAUCGAAACCAAUUUUAUCGGUUUUGCUAUCAGAAAUAAAACAAGAAGAUAAUCGCCAACAGAUUUGAAUAUUCAGUUUAUAUUUCUGUGUGUUGUUAGACGGUUGAGAAAAUGGGAAAACAUAAGAAUAGAACGCAAAAUACGAUCAUAAUUGAAUUUAUGGAAAAAAAUCCAGAUAUCUUAAGAGGGUUUACGAAACGCAAUAAGCCGACAAUAGAAUCGUUAUGGCAGGAAUUAACUGAAUCGCUUAAUGCUGCAGGUCCUCCACACAAAGAUGUAAACGGGUGGAAAAAGGUUAUAACUGAGUGGAAGAGCGAAAUCAAAAGAAAAUUAGCUCACAACAAAAUUGAGAGUCGAGCAACAGGAGGUGGCCCAUUUUCUAAAUAUCAGCUCACUCCAAACGAAGAAACUAUUGUGCGUCUUUGUGUCAUUUCUCAAACUAUAGAAGGCAUACCAGGUGUUGCUCUUGGCACCCAACCCGUCAAUGAAAAUUUAAAUAUUACAAUUGCAGGGGUGAAUGUAGAUUUGUCUUCCUCAUCGUCAGAGCAACAAAAUAUAAACUCAAGUUAUAAUGCAUCCAAUAGACAACAAGUUGUAAAAAUAAAAUAAAUAUGUAAAAAUGAA